UGGGCGGGGGCUCGCGCCCGCGGUUGCCGUGGGAGCGGCGGCUGGAGACGAGGCCGGUGCAGGGGGUCGCUAGCGGGCCCAUGGCCGAGCUGCACCUCAUCGGGCAGAUCGUGGGAGCCAGCGGCUUCCCCAGCAGCAGCCUCUUCUGCAAGUGGGGAAUCCACACAGGUGGUGCCUGGAAGCUGCUCUCCGGCCUGCGGGAGGGGCAGACACAGGUGGAUCACCCCCAGCUGGGCGAUGUGGCCUACUGGUCCCACCCCAUCGACGUGCACUUUGCCACCAAGGGGCUGCAGGGCUGGCCCAAGCUGCACGUGCAGGUCUGGCACCAGGACCCCUUCGGCCGCAGGGAGCUCUACGGCUACGGCUUCUGCCAUGUGCCAUGCAGCCCGGGCUGGCACGCGCUGGCCUGCGUCACCUGGCAGCCCCUGGGCUCGUGGCAGGAGCGGCUCUCCCAGCUGUUUGUGGGCGGGGGGCCCCAGCUGCUGAACAGCGACCUGAUCUACACGGGGGCCGACCGGUACCGCCUGCAGACCGUCGCCGCGGGCACCGUGCACCUGGAGCUGGGCGUGCUGCUGCGCCACUUCGCCCGCUACGGGGUGGAGUGCUAGGGAGCGGGCGGACCCCCACCACGGGCUGGGUGCUGUAUGGACCCCCUGGCGUGGGGCGGGGCUCUAGGGAGCGGACAGACCCCCACCACGGACUGAGUGCUGUAUGCACCCCCUGCCGUGGGCCUGGGCUCUAGGGAGCGGACAGAUCCCCACCAUGUGCUGGGUGCUGUAUUCAUCCCCCGCCGUGGGGUGGGGCUCUGGGGAGCAGGCAGAGCCCCCCACAGGCUGAGUGCUGUAUGGACCCCCCGCUGUGGGGUGGGGCUCUAGGGAGCGGGCAGACCCCCACCACGGGCUGGGUGCUGUAUGGAUCCCCCGCUGUGGGGCUGGGCUCUAGGGAGCAGACAGACCCCCACCAUGGGCUGGCUGCUGUAUGGACCCCCCGCCGUGGGUCUGGGCUCCAGGGAGCAGGCAGACCCCCCCCCACGGGCUGGGUGCUGUAUGGACCCCCCGCCGUGGGGUGGGGCUCUAGGGAGCAGGCAGACCCCCCCCACGGGCUGGGUGCUGUAUGGACCCCCCGCCGUGGGGUGGGGCUCUAGGGAGCGGGCAGACCCCCCCACGGGCUGGGUGCUGUAUGGACCCCCCGCCGUGGGGUGGGGCUCUAGGGAGCGGGCAGACCCCCCCACGGGCUGGGUGCUGUAUGGACCCCCCGCCGUGGGGUGGGGCUCUAGGGAGCGGGCAGACCCCCCCACGGGCUGGGUGCUGUAUGGACCCCCCGCCGUGGGGUGGGGCUCUAGGGAGCGAGUAGACCCCCCCACGGGCUGGGUGCUGUAUGGACCCCCCACCGUGGGGCGGGGCUCUAGAGGUCUGCACGGAUCCUCUCCCUGCUGUGGGUGUGGUGCUGGGGCAGCCCCUGGAUCUGGGGGGGAGGGGGGGUUUACAGCAAAGCCUCCCCCCCCCGCAUUUGGUGCCCCCAGACCCUUUCCCAGUGUGGACAUUUCAGCUGCUUCAUGUGGCUCUUUUAGAAGAACUGGGGGUGUGUGUGAGGGGUGGGGGGGUUGGCCCAGGGGGUGGGGAAGGGGCUCUGAGCCCUUUCCCCUCUGGGGGGCUGUUUUUAGUUUGUUUCAUGGGGGGGGGGCAGGACUUCUGGGUUCUUUCCCCUGCUCUGCCAUUGACCCUGAUGACCAGGGCUGGUCCCGGUGCCCCCUGGGGGCUGGGGAGGUGCCUGCAACGCUGUCCGUGGGGGGCUCAGCCCCGGAGUGGGUGGGAAUCGGAUAAAUUGCCGGCCCCAUGGGGGGCGCUGGGAGCUGGCGGGGGGGCGGGAGCCCCCUUGGCCUCCUGCUCCCCAAAGAGCUGCCCCCCGUCUCUCCCUGCCCUCCCAUUGACCAGCCCCCCCUUUAUAUAAAGAUCCUUUUGCAUGAA